AUGAGCUCACACGCUCGUCAAGGCCAAGCGGCUAAAGCUGGGCCUAAGCUCAGAGGCACGCCACUGAAGUUGCGUAGGGCUCUGAUGCAAGCUCAGGCAGAACGAGACAUGAAGCUUGAGGAAAUAGAGAGGGAUUCUGGAGCCAACGUUCCAUCUCGCCCCAAGACCCAGCGCUUACGUGGACGAAGCAAAGAUAUUGGCCGUCGUGAUGGACCUUCCACGGGCUUGGAUUUACCAUCAAGGCCUAGAAAAAGUGCGGGACAGCAUGCGGAUGUACAGGGCGAGCAAGCCCUAAAUCAACAGAGGCUUGAGAUUCGGCUUGCACCGACAAGUGCUGCUGUGGAGAAAGUUCAUCAACGGCAAUGUGAUACACGUGGCCCGGUCACUCCUCCUCCUCGACGGUCACCAUCUACAGAAAGCCCUUCGCAGGACAGUGAGUCGUCGAGUGAGUCCGAGUCGGAUGACAGCAGCUCCGACGACAGUAGCUCCGACGUCGAGCAUACCCCGGUGAAGCGCAAGGCUAGACCCAGGGUCAAGUUGAGCGUAUCUCAGACGAGGGAGCUGCUCGUGGAGUUUGUAGCCAGAGAGAACGACUACCUCGCCGCCCUGGCAAACGGUGCAAAAUGUUACAGAGACAUGCCGUUCUGGAUCGACAUACGAAAACGACUGCGACUGGUCCACAUUGCCGACAAAUGGAGUGACUUGUCAAGAACAUUCGGCAUCAUUGUUGGCCCUCGAGAGAGGCAGGCCAUGGCGGGGAAGAAAGUGCCUUGCAGGAACGAUAUCGAAAGGCUCAUCGAGAGCUGUGCCAGGAUCCGGAUUCGUCGGGGCAUACUUGACGGCUUCGUCGGGGAAAAUCUCCUCAAUGCAAAUAUGGUACCGGGUCUUAUCGAAUCCGGCAGCCUCGAGAAGUGCGAGCUGAUGCUGGGAGAGAUGCAGCAUCUUCAGAGAAAGAAAUAUAAUCAGGAUGCUGGUGAUGGAUCAGAUAAUACAGACGAGGAAUCGGGAGACAGCAGCGAUAGCAGCGACUCCAGAAGCUCUGGGACCACCAGCGGCAGCAGCAGCAGCAGCAGUGAUGAUGAUAGCAGUGAAGACAGCGAUGACGAUGGUGAAGGUACAAAUAGCGCCAGUGAGACUGCUAACCAAACGGCUUUGUCCCCGCCGACUUCACCCAUCAUGACCAGCCCACAUAGGCACCAUGUCGACGAAGAUUCAUCACCCGUGUCGACCGCCGCUGCUACAUAUCACGCAGAUACCGACGCCGCUGACGAUGGUGACGAUGGUGACGAUUCUUCUGCAAUAGAGCAGGCGAUUGCUUUGCUACAGCGCCGACAGGCACGCAAAAGGAGGCGGCCAGAGUCGGGGGAGGAUUUGCAGCCGUCACGCGGGGCCAUGAUGCAUCAUGAAGGGGAACCAAUGAGAAAAAGACACCGCCAGGGAGUUGACGGGCUUCUGGGACGCCUGGCUGAUCUUAUUUGA